AUGGAAGCUUGGGCGAAUUUGUGUCGUUGCUGUCUAUCGCCUGAUUCUGAAGUGUCAUUAUUUGAUACCAUACAAAAUAUAAACAGAAAGUUCUUUGAAAUUACCACUGUACAGGUAAAAGAAGAUGAUGGACUACCUCAAAAACUUUGCAAAGAUUGUUUUUCGAUCCUGAAUUCAGCUUACCUAUUUCGUAAACAAUGCAUGAAGAUGGAUAAAGAGUUAAAAGUUCAAUUAAGUACACUAACCCAAAAUAAAGAAAAUACUACAAAGUGUUUAGGACCGCAGAUAAUUCAGGUAAAUAAUGAAGAAGUUAAUAAUGUAUCUGAUGAUCCAAUGAAACAACUGCAGGAAAUAAUAAAGGCUGAACCAAUGGAUAGUGAUGAUGAUUACUAUUAUGUGCUUGUAAUAGAUGAUCCGAAGGACCAAGAAAAAGAAAAUUCUGAUGAAACCCAACAUACAAUUAUUAAAUCUGAAAAUUCAAAUGACAUACCCUGUGAAAAUGAAAACUCAAAUCAGGAAGAAGAAAAACAAAAUAAUACUGAUUUUGAAAAUUCCCUCCAAGCUUUUUUAUUGACAAAUGCUAAAGUUCCUGACAAUGUUCCAGCUACAAUCCUUGAAAACGAAGAGGAGAGUCAAGAGAAUGACGACAACUUUCACGGUAUGGACAUGGAAGAUGCUGAGAACACAUCUCAAGAAAUAAUCCUACCAGAAAUUAUAGAAGCACAGGGACACAUUGAUAUGGAAAAUAAUUCUGGUGAAGCAACAAUUAACAAUAUUGUUGAACAAAUGCCAAAAAAUGCGAACUUGAUUAAAAUACUUACAGCAUCAGGUAAUGAAAGAACAAUAAUGGUCAAAAGUGACGACGGUAAUAUCAAAUAUUUAACUAAUCCACAGAUAGUCUCUGCUGGAGAUGGGGAAGCUACAUCACAAGAAGAGGUCAUCUUUUGUGAAGGUGAUGAUUCAUCUCAGUUCCAAAUUUUAAAAUGUGAGGGGUCAGAACUAGUCAUUGAAUAUGCAGAUGAUAGUCAAAUAACAACAGUGCUGCAACAAGAAGAUGGCACUUUGGUAUGUGAUUGUGGUGAACAAUUUCAGUACUUGGCAGAUUAUGAAAAACACCAACACAAACAUAAUCCUGCAGGAGAACACCUCUGCAAUUUAUGCGGGAAGGGUUUCGAGACAUCAGAAAUAUUGAUUGGUCACAUGCUUCUACAUAGUGUCACGGGAUCAUUAGUCACAUGUCCUUUCUGCAAUCAACUUAUUAGACGGAAUUCAUUGACUCAGCAUAUUAAGUAUGGUCACACCAAUAAACCACGUUGUAAGAUAUGCUACAAAACAUUUGCCAAUCAAAACAACUUGAAACGUCAUAUGAUGAUACACAGUGAUAUAAGAGAGUUUGAAUGCGACAUUUGUUUCAAGAGGUUCCAUCAGAAAAUUACCAUGCAGACACAUAGGUUAACUCACAUGAAUGCAUUCUCAUGCAAUCAAUGCGAUAAAACUUUCGACAAUAAAGAAGCCUUGGCAGCUCACCGUGAGUCAAAUGAUUGCAGCAAAAGCAGGGUCGUAAAAGCCAAAGAGGAGUUAAUGAAGACAGUCAAACAAGAGGUUACGACAAAUCUUGGUAAAGUUUUGGGCUAUGCUUGCUCCUUGUGCAAAAAGAUGUUCUCUGUAGAGUCGGCAUUAGAGCAGCACGUUGAGAGUACGCAUAUAGUAGAUCCAAAUGAAUUUACAGACUCAGGAAAGAAUGCUCGAGGCAAAAAUCCUAAGCGUUUUGAAUGUAGCAUUUGUGGUAAAAACUGUGCGAGUCAUGCAAUGUUAAUAAUGCAUGAACGGGUUCACACAAAUGAAAGGCCUUUUCCUUGCCAGCUAUGUUCUCUACGGUUUAAAACAAAGACACAUUUAAGAACGCAUCAGCUUACUCACACUCGAGAAAAGAAAUUUGGAUGCUCAGUUUGUAUGAAAUUCUUUGCGUUAAAAGGUAACUUGGUGGUACAUUUACGUACUCACACCGGUGAACGUCCAUAUAUUUGUUCGUUGUGCGGUGAAGCAUUUAUAGACUCCAAAUAUCUUAAGAAACAUAAGCUCAAGAAACACGCAAUUGAUAAUGUUCCAUAUAAUCAAUAUUAG